AUGCGCCGCUCCCGCGGCGGCAUUGUCCAGUCGUUCCUCCGCGGUCCGCCCGGCACCGACUGCGGCGCCACCGACUGCUCCCACCUGCAAGCUUGUCCCAUGUGCGAACCGCUCUCGUCAUCUGCCCAGGGCUGGUCGGCCUGCAACGCCGCCGGCGAGCCCUGCGCUCGCUUUCUCCUCGAUAACUGUCACCGCGAUACUCCCCGCCCAGCCUCGCGCGUCCUCAUCUACCUCUUGCCGGGCAUCGUCUUACUCAUGGGCUGGGGCUGGGCCUGCUGCCUCUACCCAGUCUACUCGUACAUGCAUCGCUCAUCGCCGGUCGGCCCCGAAGGCGAGUAUCAGCACUUUGUCCGCUUCAUGCCCGAAGACAUCCAAACCUUCCGCAUCCUCGUGCUCGACUCGACGACGACACCGUCAACUCCGGCACCGGUCCGUGCCGCCCCGCUCCUCUCGCCGUCGCGCUCCGACUCGUCCUUGCUCUCGGACUCGAGCGACGAUUCUCCGACGACGCCGCCAUGA